GAUCAGAGCAUACAUCACCCAACAGCCGGUCGACAAUUCUCCCAGUCAGUACAAGGCUACUGUUUGUUCAGAGGAGACAGUGUGCUUGAGAGAGGAACGAAGGAGCAUUAAGUCAGGGAUUCGUAUCUCUGAUAACGCUGAAAAACAAGUUAUCAAAUUCCAACAAUGGCUUCCAUCACACGAUCGUUGACCACGAUGUCCACCGUACGACAUCAAUUAUCUACGGUCAAUUCGACCCGUCAAUUCUCAAUACUUCAUAAUCAUACUCAGCGUUUAUUAUCCCGAAAUGGAAUCGCAAAUCAACUAUCCCACAACCCGACAUCAUCUAGAUCACUGCUGCCAGUCCAACAAUACCGCACAUUCCUUGCAAAACUCGCCCGCAGAUUCCCGGCUAGUACCCAAUUCACGCGACCACCCAUCUCUCCAGUAGAAACUGAAGCGCCCUCGUCAACCCAAGCACAAACUGCACCACUACAGCUCACCAAUCUCCCUUAUUUCGUUAGGCGUACACCAUCCAACAAAUUACCCGUAUAUCUGGAGACGAAAGCUGGAGGAACGAAACGAUUGACUAAGAUUCAGAAGACUGAAGGUGACCUGGAAGCUUUGAAGUCAGACCUUGCUAAAGCACUGAAUUUGGAGACCGGAUCAAAGAAGCCGGAAAUUACAAUUAACUCGACGACCGGUCAUAUAAUUGUCAAGGGUUGGCGCAAAGAUGAGAUUCAAAAGUUUCUCAUCGAACGGAAUUUCUAAAUACGACAAUAUCACAAUUCGAAGUAUAACUGGGAUCGCCUCCUAAAGGACGACACACCACCCUCCUCUCCCCCUAUGUAUCAACAACUCACGUUUCUUGCCAUCCAUCACGCUCUACAUAUUUCCAAUUGCUUGUCUCUUCCUUCUCUCGGCGUUAUAUGUGCAUAUCUGCAAAUUACUUUUUUGUUCAUUGCAUAUUAACUGUAUUCUUUUCCCUCGCGAACUGACUGUACAUUUAUUGGUUGCAUCUUUUACCUCGUUCCGUCCGUUUCCGUUCUGCGAGAAUCUCUUCUUGAUGUUUACCGACUUGUCCUCUUUUGUGCGAAAAAGUUUUACUAUGGGUCUGGUUUCUGCUUCUGUAGUAUCCAGGAGGAUUAUCAAUAGGUAGUUUUAAGGAUAAUGUGUUAUUUGGAAGGUCGUUGAUGUGCCCUUCUUUGGUGAAAUGUUCCAUGUCUAUUGCUAUAUGCUUCCAAAUUUUUUGCAGUGAGUAGUAGAACCUCUGAUCAAUGAUAUUCUGAUCAUUCCUUCU